AUGGCAUCAUCUAAACGCUCGUUCAAGAUGUUCGUUGUGGAAGAACUGGGCGGAUUCCCGCAUUUCCUGUUAUGGGCUUUUCUUGAAUGGAUAUUAAUAGCAUCUCUUUAUAUCGAUGGUUUCCUUGCAUUUAUCUCGAGUACGUUUGCCACAAUCUUCGAGCUCGAACCACCGUGUGUGUUGUGCACACGUGUCGACCAUGCGCUCGUAGGUAAGGACCCACAUACUUACUACAAUAACUCCAUCUGCGAAUGUCACAAGAAAGACAUAUCUUCCUUGGCUUAUUGCCAUGUCCACCGAAAACUCUCCGAUAUUCAAACCAUGUGUGAAGGUUGUCUUCUUUCGUUUGCAACCGAGAAAGAAUCUGAUACUAGUACCAACAAAUCGAUUCUCGGGAGUUGGCAAAACGACAACAAUUUGUUUAUGAAAGAUGAUAGGAAGACGAUUCUGAAGACGACGGCUAAUGACUAUAACGACAGUAUGCUUGAUGUAAAUAAGUGUUCCUGUUGUGGCGAGCUUUUGAAAACGAGAGCUGCUUCUAAAGGUUUUGCUAGAAGCUUUUCGAACCUUCGUGCUCUUGGAGCGACUUCUUCUCCAAGAGCACAAGCAGCGGCUUCUUCUCCUCGAGCAAUAUCAUCAACUUUUUCUCCUAGAAUGUGUUUCACGCCAACGUCAUGGAGAACUGAGGAUUCACGAUAUACAGAGCUCAAAUUUGUAUCUGAUACCGAACCAGAUAUGCCAGAGUAUGACUUCGGAUUUAGCACAGAUUCUAAAAAAGACAUGAAAUCUGCAACAAUGCAAUUGCUACCAGAUUCUGAGGAUAUGAAUGAUGAGUCCUGCAAAACCCCAAAUUUGAUCAAAAGUAACAAAUUCUUUGGGAUACCACUGAAUGAGUCAACUACAGUUAGUCCUAGAUGGGCAAACAAGACUCCAAAGAAAGCAUCGUCAUUGGAAAAAUUUGAUACGUCGUUGGAGAUAAACGACGAAUCUCCAGGAGAUGGUGAUUCUUCGAGUCUUCAGUGCUUAAAGAAACAAGCUCGUAUAGAUCGAAAGAAUCUUGUAACAUUGACAAUGGAACUGGAGGAAGAAAGGAGUGCUGCUGCUGUUGCAGCUAACAACGCAAUGGCAAUGAUCACACGGUUACAAGCAGAGAAGGCAGCUGUCCAAAUGGAGGCAUUACAGUAUCAGAGGAUGAUGGAAGAGCAAGCUGAGUAUGAUCAAGAAGCUAUUCAAAUACUUCAAGAUUUGGUAGCUAAGAGAGAUGAACAUAUGAAGGCCAUGGAAUCAGAACUUGAGAGUUACAGAGAGAGAUAUGGAGAACUUAGGAAAGUAGGUAGCGACCAAUGUGAAGCUGAUGCUGAUGAAUAUUACCAGGAGUGGAGAUCUCAAUCUUUAUCGUCUUUCGGUGAGAAAUCCGAGUCUGGGACACCUUUGGGAAGAGAUUAUGACGAUUCUGGGAGCCAUUAUGUUGAUCCCAGGAGCCCUUUAGAAAGGGAUUAUGUCGAUCCUGGUAGUCCUUUGGAAAAAGAUUAUGCCGAUACCAUGAGCCCUUUAGAAAGGGAUCAUGAUGAGUCCGGGAGCCCUUUGGGAAGUGAUCAUGAUCAUGACGAGCCGAAAAGCCCAUUGAAAAGGGAUCAUGAAGAGUCCGAGAGUCCUUCGCGAAGAAAUCAUGAUGAAGAUGGUGAGAGCCACUCUGGAAGAUCCAUAGAAAACGAAGAAAGGGACACCUAUGAGGAAUCAUUGUUCGAUUUCGAAAAUGAAAAAUAUCAACUUUACAGUAUGUUGAAGAAUCUAGAAAACCACAUCCAAUCAUUUGAUGAUGAUGAUGAAUGGGAUGAAGAAGAUAAAGAUAUAGUUCAAGAAAAUAGGGCAACCCUUAAAAGAGAGGUAUCUCUAAUCAGGGAAAGAUUAAGAGCCUUAGAAGCAGAUAGUGGAUUCUUGAAGCAUACUGCAAUGACACUCCAAAAGGGUGAGACAGGAACUAAACUUCUAACAGAGAUAGCUCAACAUCUUCGGAAACUACGUCGAUUGGAGGACAUAAACACAACAGAUAGUAGCACAACGGCUUAG